CUCUGACCUCCCCCCGCCGGUCCUCCUCCCUACCCCUCCACCAUCGCGCGCGCGCCAUGGGCAACUCCCUCGCCUGCUUCUGCUGCGCCGGGGCCGGCGGCGUCGGCGCCGCCAAGAGCCGCCGCCGCCACGUCGCGCCGGCCGCGCUGCCCUCCGACCCGGCCUACGACGAGGGGCUCGGCCACUCCUUCUGCUACGUGCGCCCCGACAAGCUGCCCCCCGCCCACUGCUACUACCCCGCGGCCGACGACGGCGACCUGCUCCUGCCCGACGCCAAGGCGGCCGCCGAGGAGGCCACCACCUUCCGCGCCAUCUCGGGGGCCGCCCUCUCCGCCAACGUCUCCACGCCGCUCUCCACCUCCGCGCUCCUCCUGCUGCCCGCCGACGACUCCACCGCCUCCUCCGGCUUCGAGAGCUCCGACUCCUUCGCCGCCGUCCCGCUGCAGCCGGUGCCCCGCUUCCCCUCCGGCCCCAUCUCCUCCGCGCCCUUCUCCGGCGGCUUCCUCUCCGGGCCCAUCGAGCGCGGGUUCCUCUCCGGCCCGCUCGACGCCGGGCUGCUCUCCGGCCCGCUCCCCGGCGCCGUCGCCUCCGGCCGGAUGGCCGGCGGGGGCGCUGUUCCCGCGCUGCGGCGGAGCCUCUCGCACGGCGGCCGCCGCAUCCGCGACUUCACGCGCGCGCUGCUCGCCCGCACCGACCGCUUCCAGGGCCACCCGGAUCUCGGCUCGCCCGACGCCGCGGCGGCCGUCGCCGCGUGUGGCGGGGACUCCAAUGGGUUGCAGUGGGCGCAGGGGAAGGCCGGCGAGGACCGCGUCCACGUCGUCGUGUCGGAGGAGCGCGGCUGGGUGUUCGUCGGCAUCUACGACGGCUUCAACGGCCCCGACGCCACCGACUUCCUCGUCUCCAACCUCUACGCCGCCGUGCACCGCGAGCUCCGCGGCCUGCUCUGGGAGCAGUCCCAGGAGGACCAGCCGGGCUCAGCGCCCAGCACCACGGCCCCGGACCACCAGGACCAGUGCACCCGCCGGCGCCGCGCGCGCCGCUCCAGGCCACCGCGCAGCGGCAGCGGCAGCGUCGACGACAACGACCAGCGGCAGUGGAGGUGCGAGUGGGAGCGCGACUGCUCCAGCCUGAAGCCGCCGACUCAGCCUCCUCCCCGGAGCAACGGCGAGAACGACCACAUCGCCGUGCUCAAGGCGCUGGCGCGCGCGCUCCGCAAGACCGAGGACGCGUACCUGGGCAUCGCCGACAAGAUGGUGGGCGAGUUCCCGGAGCUGGCGCUCAUGGGCUCCUGCGUCCUCUCCAUGCUCAUGAAAGGGGAGGACAUGUACGUCAUGGGCGUGGGCGACAGCCGGGCUGUCUUGGCGACAAUGGACAGCGUCGACCUCGAGCACAUCAGCGAGGGCUCCUUCGACGGCUUGUCGCCGUGCCUGUCCGCCGUGCAGCUCACCUCGGAUCAUAGCACCUCCAUGCCGGAGGAGGUUCGCAGAAUACGAAAUGAGCACCCCGAUGAUCCGUCGGCGAUCUCCAAGGACCGCGUGAAGGGCUCGCUCAAGGUGACCAGAGCGUUCGGCGCCGGUUUCUUGAAACAGCCGAAAUGGAACGACGCGCUGCUGGAGAUGUUCCGGAUCGACUACGUCGGGUCGUCGCCCUACAUCACGUGCAACCCUUCCCUCUUCCACCACAAGCUGAGCACGAGGGACAGGUUCCUGAUCCUCUCCUCGGACGGGCUCUACCAGUACUUCACCAACGAGGAGGCGGUGGCGGAGGUGGAGAUGUUCAUCGCGACGACGCCCGAGGGCGACCCCGCCCAGCACCUCGUCGAGGAGGUCCUCUUCCGAGCGGCAAACAAAGCAGGGAUGGACUUUCACGAGCUGAUCGAGAUCCCGCAGGGCGACCGCCGGCGGUACCACGACGACGUGUCCGUCAUCGUCAUCUCCCUGGAGGGCAGGAUCUGGAGAUCCUGCGUGUAAAUAUACAAUAAUAAACAUACUAGUAGCAGUAGGCUAGAGAGAGGAAACGUAUAUACAGAGAGAGAGAGAGGUGUUCUUGCAUUGCAUUGCGCAUUGCAUUGCAGGCCAUGAGUAUUUGGUUGGUGCCGUGCGCGCGGCUACUCCGCCCCAAGUCGCGAAUCCGCCCUUCUUCUUCCCCCAGCUGCCGCUGUACAAUAUCAACAAAGUGCUGGGUAGGAUCUGGUCAUCUGGUGGGUGCUUGGCACGUUGCGUUGCGUCCAGCUAGCUGAGUCACGGAUGAUGAGUCGGCCGUGUAAAAGAGGAUUUGUUCAUCAAUUAUUAAUUGGGUCUGUCUAGGACA